AUGUCAACAAAAGUACCUAAAAAGAAGUUAAAAUCUUUAGAGUAUCGAUCAAAAAAGUUUUCCAAAAAAUCAAAAACACUCGAAGAUCAUGAAAAAGAGGUAGAAGAUCGUGCUCGUGCUCAAGAGCAAAAAUUGAACAAGAAAGCCCAAGAUGAAGAGGCACCUAAGGUCUCUGAAGCCAAGACGAACGAAAAGGAUAAGAAAGAGAAGAAGCGUUCAUUAGAAGAAGAGUCGGAGUCGACCAAAGAAAAACCCAAAAAGCAAAAAUCAGACAAGAAGGAAAAGCGGGUUAUUUUGUUUGUUGGUAAUCUGCCAAAGGACUCGGACGUAGAAACAUUGCAAGAACAUUUUAAACGAGCUGGACAGAUGCCUCGAGUACGAAUUCCUACAGAGAAGGGAACAGGUCGACAACGGGGUUAUGCAUUCGUGGAAUUUAUUAAUCCUCAUCACGAAGUAGCAUCCAAGGCCCUAAAGUUUCACCACACAAUGUAUAAAGAUCGAAAGAUUAACAUUGAAUUGACUGCUGGUGGAGGAGGAAAAACUGAGUCUCGGAUGAAUAAAAUAAAGGAGAAAAAUAAAAAAUGGACUGAAGAACGCAGGGAGCGUGUUGCCAACGAAGAGAAGAAGGCAAGGGAAGUUAGAGGUUCUAAAGAUGCCAUCGUUCAAGAAGGUGUGCAGACCGGUAUUCAUCCUGAUCGUUUACACAUGUUAAAGUAA